AGCUAUUCCUUGAUGCACAUGGACAGCAACAAAAUUUUAGACCUCCAGCUAGUUCAGAGCAAUGAAGUGGGUGGUAGCUACCACAUGGAAAAGGAGGGACUACGACGAAGUCUGGACCAUCUGCAAUCCAAUGGCUUGGCUGUGGAUUAUAUUGUUACAGACAGACACCCACAGAUCCAGAAGUUUCUGAGAGACCUACAAAUUACACAUUUUUAUGACGUGUGGCACUUUGAAAAAGGUUUGUCCAAGAAACUGCAGAAACUUGCUAAAAACAAAGACUGUCAGAUUUUGAAUAAGUGGCUGCAUGCCAUAAAGAACCAUGUGUACUACAGUGCAACGUCCUCAACAUCGGGCCGAGAGAAGGUGGCAAAUUGGACAUCCAUGAUAAAUCACAUGCAGGAUGUGCAUACUCACGACAACCCAAUCUACCCAAAGUGUGCACAUGCUGACAGGGUGUCGAAGGAUAAAAACAAGUGGUUCCAGCCAGGGUCAGUUGCACUGUACAAGGUAGAAAAUACCCUGACUAACAAGAGGGUCCUGAAAGACAUGGAGAAGCUAAGCCAUCACUACCAGACUUCUACGCUGGAGUCCUUCCACAGUUUGGUUCUGCGGUUUGCUCCUAAAAAUGUGGUUUUUCCAUAUGUUGGGAUGUUAUGCAGAUAA